CUCAAGCAAUCGUCAAUAAAUACGAAUAAGAUGCUUCUCAGAAGCUCUUCAACCCCACAUGCCCACUCAUCCUUCUCAGACACUCCCAUCAGAGACGUGGACACCAACAACUACCCACCGUCCGAUCACCAUACCUCCAAGAUUUCCUUCUCCCAUGGUCUGACUCUGCACCAUCCCAACUUGACAUCUUCAGCCUCUCACUGCGCUUCCCAGUUCUCCGAACCCUCCACUUUUCGCUACAGAGCCUUUCGACGAGCCUUUUCCGAUGGAAACUUGGAAGGCUUGGGAUAUACUUGUUCUACCAUAGACGAGUUUCGCAAUCCGAUUACACCCAGAAAUUCUUUUUGUAAACAUAACAAAUCCAUGUUGCAAUCAUCGCCGUCUUUUUCGAUAUUUAAUUCCGGUGACGAGUUUCAGGAUGAAGAGAGCGCGCAGCAAGAUCCGAGUGAAAAAACGUUGAAUAGAACUGUUUCAAUCGGAGAGAACAUAGAAGGUGUAGGUAGUGGGGAAUUCAGUUUUGGGAAGAAAAGUAUGAGCUCGAUCGAGGAGGUGAAAGAGGAGGAGGAAGAAGGUACAAAUGAGGUUCAGAAUCGAAGUUUUGAAGAAGCAGAAAACCGACCAGUUAGUCCUCGCAUGUAUCUUGCUACAGGGCUGGGAAUUGACAUGUUUGGUGCUGGUGUUGGUAUUGGGGGUUUCGAUGGGGUCGAUUUAUCUGUGGCGAACUUUGAUGGUGGCGGCGAUGUUGAAGAGUAUUAUAAGAGGAUGGUUGAUGAAUAUCCCUGCCACCCCUUGUUUCUAAGAAACUAUGCCCAUGUUUUGCAGUCCAAGGGAGACCUUCCAGGAGCGGAGGAGUACUAUUCUCGUGCUACACUAGCAGAUCCUGAAGAUGGUGAAAUUUUGCUGCAGUAUGCUAAAUUCGUGUGGGAGCGUCAUCGUGACCAAGAUAAAGCCUUCAUUUACUUUCAACGUGCAGCUCAAGUGUCUCCUCAGGAUAGCCACAUUCUUGCAGCAUAUGCUAGUUUUCUCUGGGAAAUAGAGGAUGAGAAGGAAGAAGAUGAAGCACAUCAAGAUCACAUCCAGAUUGAAGAGGGAAAACUACUUAGUCCAUCCCUACACGUUGCAGCAGGGCUUGGGACGGAUGUGGCUUAUAUUACUGCAGAUGAAUCUGGCAAAGGUGGCAAUGUUGAGGAGUAUUAUAAGAAGAUGGUUGAGAAGAAUCCUAACAACCCCUUGUUUCUAAGAAAUUAUGCUCAGUUCCUGUGCCAGUCCAAGGGAGACCUCCGAACAGCAGAAGAUUUUUUCAUGCGUGCCAUACUUGCUGAUCCUGGAGAUGGUGAAAUCAUGUCACUCUAUGCUAAAUUGGUGUGGGAACUUCAUCGUGACAAAGAUAAAGCAUUGUGCUACUUCGAGAGAGCAGUUGAGGCUGCUCCUGGAGAUAGCGAUGUUCUUGCAGCAUAUGCUUGUUUCCUCUGGGAAACAGAAGAUGAGGAAGAAGGUGAUUCAAGGCACGACUGCAUUCAGAUGCCUAUUCUCCACGAACAAGCCAUGAAAGCUGCAAAUGCUUAACCCCAACACAGCUUGCGAGACCAGUAAAGAGUUAAACGUGCAAAAGCAUGAAACCAGCUGCAUUGCUGUCCGAAGGUUAUGAAAAUUGUUGGACCUAUUUAUGAAAUUUGGGGUCCAAACCUGCUAAGGUAAAAAUAAAGCGAAACUCAAACACAAACUGUAAUAUGCUGCUGUUAUACGAUUACCCAAAGAAGGGAAUAAAUAAUAAAAGGCAUACAGAAAUGUUGAAAAAGGCAUGGCACAUAUGCAAUAGGCCAUGAAGUUAAUAAAACGUGGCUUUAGGGAUCUAGUAUGAGGGAAGCCAUGAAGUUGCAUUGCGAUUGAAUUUGUUUUGGAAAACUCGAUCAAGCUGUUAUUUUGUAUGACAGAUUACACUACAGUAUGAGGAACGUGUUAUAAAUGCAGUUAAAGAUCA